UUUAAUCGCCCUUUACUUGUCUACAAUUGCCAAGUUGGCUCUCGCUACUUUUGUCAAAAUGACACGCCAAAAAUGGACACUGGACUUCCCCAACCCUCACGUUCAGAAUCUGACGAACUGAGAACUCCCCGACGACUUAUCCCGCAACGCUAUGUAGUAACUUUGAUGAUCCUACUGGUGGUAAUAAACAGCUAUGCAAAUCGUGAUACUCUAAUGUACACCAUUCAAUAUUUCGCGGAAAUCAGUCAGAAGAAACACCUCUACAAGAAUGUCACAAUUGGACAACACUGCGAAAUCCUACAAGACAAUUACCACAAAACCUCAUCACUUGUGCAAAACACGACCACAAAAUUGGUAAAACUGGAGCAAUCGUCAGUUGGAACGAUCAACGCGAUUCUCUUUGUGUCGUAUCUGCCUACACACAUUUUGGGAGGGAUUUACUCGGACAGCCGCAGCCCCAAGCGAGUGAUUUCGAUCUCGACUUUAGUUACCUCAGUCAUCAAUAUUUGCACCCCGGUGCUUAUCAGUGCGACCAAGAGCAAUCUCACGGUACUGAAGGUACUGAGACUACUCAUGGGCAUAUCCCAGGGUGCUUUCCUCCCGGCUUCGACCACUCUGAUGGCCCACUGGGCCCCAGUGCGCGAGAGAGCCUCCAUAUCCACAAUAUCAGUCUCGGGGUUGUACAUCGGACUUAUCUGUAGUAAAAUUUGCACAAGUAUUUUAGUUGAGUCGAGUGGCAGUUGGUCCACUCCGUACUACGUCUUUGGGGCAAUGGGGAUAGUGAUUGCGCUCCUGUGGGAGCUUUGGGUGUUCCCGAACCCGGAAAAAGAUCCCCGGAUCACGCCGGAAGAGAAGGACUACCUGGCCGUGGAACUGCGGGAAAUCGUUGACCACCGCCGUAAGGACAUCCCCUACCGUGCCAUUCUCACCUCCUUCCAUGUCUGGGUUUUGAUAGUGGCCUUCAUAGCGUAUCGAUGGAUUGGCAAUUUUUUCGCCUUCACCCUUCCUGAGUACUUGGAGGUUGUUCUCAAGUACAACGAGAGGGAAAGUUUGCUCAUUUCCUCACUCCCGUUCCUCCCCAUAACAGUCAUUCUAAUCCUGUCAGGGUUCCUGUCGGACUGGAUCGUCCGGAACGGCUACAUUAACCUGAUAACAGUCCGGAAAGUCUUCUCCACCAUUGGAAUGAUGGGGCCCCCCAUUUACAUGUUAACCGGGUCAUUUGCCAGUUGCAACCGAUUUGCAGCCGUGGUCUUGUUUGUCCUAGCUCUGAGUCUCAUGGUUUUUACUUUUUUGGGACUUUACUUAAUCACGCUGGAUUUGGGACCAAACUAUGCGGGGUUUACGACAAGUCUCACCAAUGGACUUGGAAACAUUUCGUGGGUUUUUCUUAACAAAGUCAAAGAUAUUAUUGCACCGGAUAAAACUGUACUACAGUACCGGAAGCUCUUUUGGUUGUCGAUGGUUAUAGCUGUGGUCACGAACACGAUUUUUAUGAUUUUUGGUACCACCAAGGUACAGGCGUGGAACAAGCCUUUGGUUAAAGGAAAAUAAAGAGAUUUCUAGGGCUA